AUGGUCAUAGUUCUUCGUCUGGGCAGUCACGCGUGUCGGUCACGCUCAAGACGGUUCUUCAAACGUACGGUGUUGGGGCCGACUUUCCUGGAGGUGCCGAUCCUCAGGAUGAUGCUGGAGCCGCUCAUCAUGGCGGUGCUGGCCAUGCUGUCUGGGUGCUCGCUGAUCUCGCAGAUCCUGGUCGGCAACCGGCGGGGGCUAAAAGCGUUCAUGAAGAUGUUGUUCAUCAUGGAGGUGGAGGAACGGACCACCCUGGUGCUGCAGAUGCUCGUAGGGUUCCUGAAGAUCUCGAUUAACGGUCUGCUCUUGUCGGUCGCUCAUGGUGUCCCUGGCUCUCCCGAUCGUCGGCCUGCCGAUGGCGCUAAAGAUCGCGUUGCCUCUGGGGCUCCUGGUGGUGCUAGCGCUCAUGAUGUGAAUGGUUCUGUCGAUUGUCGGCCUGGUAAGCGCGAGCUUGGCCAGGCACAGUGGUCCUUGCGAUGGGGAUGCUCAGAGUCCUGUUGGUGA